AUGGUUCGCCGACGACGACAACGAUGGGGUGGUGAGACGAACCGGAAGCGUCCUGCCCAGAGCGGUCCGAUAUCAUCUGCAGCAAGCGCUCAAAUCUGCAAGGGACACCAGAAGCGGCCUAGCAAUCCCGCUCCAGGGAAUAUAAAGCUUGCCAGCCAGCAACGCAAGUACGGAGUACACACGCCAGACCGAAUGAACCAGUAG